AUGGCGGUCGAUUUCACAACGGUUGGAAAACCUUCUACACGACGAUGGUUUCCCGUCUAUGAGGAGCUAAACUCCACAGCUGUUGGCUACGCAAAUCUCACGGCCUGGUGCUCCGGGCCGAGGGGAUGUGCGUUAACACGUGAUGUCCUUCUUUUGGAUGCGGUGCGGUUGUGCGUGGGCGUGCUAGCACGGUCUAUCGUGCGUCGAGAUGGUGAUGAGGUUUGGGUAGAAGAUGGCGAUGCUCCGGCGCGUUGCUCAGAGAGCGACGGUCGUAUGAUAUAUGGGGUGAAUGAGAUGAUAACAGAGAUGGUGCUCUGGCGCCUUGAAAAUCAAGGGUCGGGGAGUCCUGGAGGGACAAUCGAGGCUGAAAAGACCUGCGUGGUGGAGCCUGAUCGGGGCAAGUGGGUAGUCAAAUCGGCAUUUGGGAUCGUGAAGCAUGGUGGUGUGACCCCCAUAAAUCCCAGUAAAUCUCGGCCACCGCCCUGA